AUGUAUACUAUAUGUCGCAACGUUAUUCAUCGUACUAUUAUUGUUUUUUUUAAAAGCUUAAUUCCUACUAUAAUCAACUUACUACUUUUUAAUUUCUUAUUAAUCAUAUACUGGUGUCAUAAGGGGAUAAACAGCGUUUAUGCAUCAGAAGAAAAAAAGCGAUUGUAUGCUGGAUGUACCAGCAACCAUCGCUCCAAGAAAUAAAUCAAUCUCAUCAGCCUCGUCAAAACCCUCGAGCACACCUAUCAGAAGGACAAUGUCUUCACCUUCUAGUGAUCUUCAAAAUAACCCAUCUCAACCUAUCAAGUUUCCAGAAGCUUUAAAAAAGCAGCCUGCCUCUAGGACUCCCAUUUCCACAAACUUUAGCGCCAAGAGCAGCAAGACGCUACCUUUGACACAGAAUACACGUAUGAGCAAACGAACAUCGAGUGUCGAUAACUUUCAAAAGUCUGUAAACUCUGGCAUACGUAUGACAGCGUCCUCUAGGUUCAGUAAGAAUCUUUUGCCUACUUGGCUAGCAAAAAGCAAUCCCACCGCAGCACCAGGAAACGAAUCUAUUGAUCAUUCCUUGACAAAUUCUGUUUCGGAUAAUCCCCAAGAAACAAAUGCACCAGAGAACACUACUACUAGUCAGUCAGAAAAUGAUAAUUCUCCUAAAAGUACACCUAUAGAUGUUAUAGAUGAUGCUAAUAACUUUUCUGAAAUAUUCGAAGAUCUUCUUAAUGAACUUAAUAUGAAAGAAUCGCAAAAAGAGAAAUUAAGACAGUUACCUCAUGAUCGCAAACUAUAUUUACUUCAACAAAAUCAGCAUAUAAAGAAAACCAAAAACAAUAGCAAGUCCUCAACAAAGAGUAUUCCAUCGUCUAAUUCUACCACUUCUCUUUUUCAAGCCAAGACAACAAAACAAAAGGCAUCCCUGAAAAAGAGCGAAACAUCUGCACGACUUUCUGUAUCAGGAAAGUCAUCAGCAUCCUUCAAGGAUUCAGAGGAUAUGGAUAAAUCACGUGGCACGUGUAUUUCUUCAUCAUCCCCCAAAGCAACAAGGCCCAACGAGAGCACUUGUUCUACCAUAUCUAAAAGCAGCUCAACACAAAAGGAAGAGAAGAAGAGUUUAGUGUCUGGUAGACAGAGUGGAACAAUGUCAAAAACAAUGCAAGAUAUGCGCAACACAAGAGAAAAUAUACCUGAUGGAAGGGCUGCAACUUACAAGUUCUCUCGUAAGAACCUAGUAAACUUUAAUAGCACCAGAUCAAAGGUAGGCUCGAUGAUUAUGGAAUUUGAUGCGCUUGCAUAUAAGCAAGAAGAUGCAGUGACUGAUGAAUCAGCCGCUUGGCUUUUACUCGACAACACAACGUUGCCUCGGCAUGCAAAUAAAAUCAACCAACAACAGCGUCCGUCAUUAAACAAUCUUUUUUCCAAACCCACAGCGGAUUCCGAUCCAGUUGCUCUGGUGUCGAACAGCUAUGUUUACCAAAGUUUAACUCGAAGAGACGCAUCGCAUUUGGCCAGUUUGGUAGCAUCAGAAGACAGAAACAAACUAGGCCGCGACAGAGACAAUCCAUAUUUUUAUGUGGAAAAACUCAGGAAUAGUAAGAAUUUGUCUAUUGAUGCAUUGACAAGGUACAUAGCAUCACUAAAGGCUACUCUAAAUAACGUGAACGAAUCAUGGGUUAAUGAAUUUCUGUCCAAGCGCCAUGAUGGACUGGACGCACUUGAGACGGUCUUUGGAAAACUUGUAGUCAAAAAAACAAAAAAAAAGAGUAAUCUGAGGCUAGCAGAAAGUGAAGAGCAAUGCUUGCUUGAAUGCAUUCAUUGUAUCCAUGCCCUCGUUAACUACAAGGCAGGCUAUGAUCAAAUAGUGAUGCGACCAGAGUUACUGCAUUUAUUGCUUGUGCUCCUGUUUUCAAGCACAGCUUCACUCUCGUUAACAACUCAAACAAAUGCUCCUCCAUCAAAAAAAUCGUCCCUAACGAACCUAGGAUCCCAAUUGUUAUCUGCAGCUGUUAAAAGCGAAGCAAAGCAAAAUCAAUCUGUAUCGACUACCAACGCAGCCAAAGAUGGUAACUCGGUUGCUGAUGGUGAAAAAGGACUCCAUAUGAUGUUUGAAGUGUGUACACUUGUUUUUGGGAUACUUUUUUCUAUUUGCUUAACCUCUUCAGAUGGCUAUGAAUUAAUGCUGGUAGUUUUAUCUGAAGUAAAAGAUGAAAAGUAUCGAUUUGAAAAAUUAUUACAAAGCCUCUAUGAGCUCGGGAGCUCCCUUGAAAGCAACGCUACAAAGUCAUCACGCCAAACAGUUGAUCAGCAUAGCUUCAUGGUGUUCAACUGCAUUACUGCAGGGCUCAACUUGUGCUGCGCGAUUGUUCAUACGCCAGCCUCACUGGAGAGACGAAAUGCGCUUCGAGAAGAAAUUGAAAGAAGAGGGUUAAAGAGUUAUAUUGAGAAGCUGUUGAAACAGAGAAGUAUGCUGCCAACAGCAUUACAGAGCUGUAUAGACAACUAUAUGGAGCAGAAGAAGGUAGAUGAGGAUCAGAUACGAAAGCAAGAAAGCCUCAAGAGGCAAAGUAUACUCCAGUUUCAACCGCAUGAUAUGAUGGCAUCGGCAUUAAACUCUUUUCAAAAAGAUCCAGAGUUGUAUUAUCUCGUUGUCGAUAGCAUAAAUGAACUCAUGUCGGUAGGGGUUCAUCAGAUCUCUACUGACAAACAGUUUGUAAAAGAUGUCUGGUGUGUGGUUCAUACACUGGCUAAACAUUUAAAGCCAAUAAAGACAAAUGACGAAAUACACUUUGCGCUGCGUCAGUUCAUCCCAUCUAUUGAACCUGUUAUUGGAAAGCUUCCGUUUACAACCAACACAGAAAGAUUCAGUAAGAAUUUGGCAACAAAAGCUGCAAGUGAUGCCCCUGUAAAUACCUCCGGCGCUGCUUGCAAAUCAGACGACCAUUUAGAAGACAUUGAAGGACUACGAAAUAUGGUGGAGGAAUUAAAAGAAAGCGUGAAAAAGAAUCAAGAAUCUAUGGCAAAGAUACGAAGAGAGAAAAACGAGCUACUCAUGAAAGUUUCCAAGGCAGCCGCAGAUAUAAAAGAAAGAGAUGAUCGUAUCCUGGCAAUUGAAGCGGAAAAUCAAAGACUAGCUAAAGAACAUCAGAAAGUGUUACUUAAAGGUAAUAACGUGCAACAGAAUCAAGAUGAAUCAAUACCUAGGCAACCAGAAUCAAAAGGUACUGCAAAAUCAACAUCUUCAACAGUUCUCCAUGUGUCAGAGUUAACAUUACCUUUGCCAUCACCGCCACCGCCACCACCACCACCUCCUCCACCACCAUUUCCAUCAUCUAACGCAUUAUCCAUGCCUACUCAGACUGAGACAUCCAAGCAACCGAUAAUCCGAAAGCGAAACCUUGUGCGCAGAGAUCCAUCAAAUCGCUCUUCAAGAUAUUUGCAUCCACUUGCCUUGAAUCUAUGCUUCUCUGAUCUAAAAUCGCUACAAAAGAAUUCGACCUCAACUUCAUUAUUGUCUACUAUAAACAAUUUGACCGAAAGUCACCAAAGCAUAGAGCCACCUUGCCUGAGCGAGCAAGAUUUUGUUAAACGAGCUGCUGUACCCAUGAAGCAAUUCUUUUGGUCUAAGCUAUCCAAGGAUAAAAUCAACAAUACGGUCUGGGAGGAGAUAUUCGAGCCAUCUUUAACUGAAUCCAUGAGUUCUGACAGCAGCGGUGAUGAACUUGAAAUAGAUGGUACACUUGAGUUAGAUACAACUGAAUUGGAAAGAUUGUUUAGAAAGAACACAAAUUUAAACAACAACAAUAACAGCAAAAGCCAGCAAAUACAGACCCGAAAACAGCAUUUGAUCACAUUAUUAGAAUUUAACCGUGCUAACAAUAUAGCCAUCAUGUUGGCAAAGAUAAAGCUCCCAUAUUCCGAGAUUAGAGACGCUAUAUGGAAUAUUGACGAUACGAAGCUCACAAUUGACAAUUUGAUUGCUAUUAGACAAUAUAUUCCUACAAAAGAAGAGAUUGAAAUAGUCAAAGAAUACCAAGGCGAUGUUAAUAUGCUUGGUAAUGCAGAAAGAUAUUUUAGAGCAAUAAUGUAUAUUCCACGUUUGGCAGAUCGAUUGAAUUGUAUGAUCUUCCGUCGCCGGUUUGAUCAAGAACUGCAAGAGAUCUUACCAGAAAUGGAUAUAAUACAGUUAGCUGUAACAGAGCUCAAAGAAAGCAAGAGGUUUAAGCAUGUGCUAAAGACAGUGCUUGCUAUCGGUAACUAUUUGAACGGACAAACGGUGCGCGGUAAUGCGGUUGGGUUCCAUAUUGACGCACUUUUGAAGAUGAGAGACACAAAGGCAGAAGGUGAAGGUGUGAGCAAUGUUCCUACCUUGCUGCAUUACUUGGUUCAUUUUCUGUCAAAGUCCGACGAUGAUGUUUUAAACUUUAAGCAAGAUAUCUCACACCUUGCAGCAGCAGCCAAGUUAUCACCACCUACUAUCUUUGCAUCAGUGAAUGCGCUCGGAGGAGGUUUAGCUCAGAUUAAAGAAGAGAUGAGUGCGAGUAGAAGAAAGGUGUCAGAACAUCAAAUAGAUAGAUUUGUGGAAGCAAUGGAGGAGUUUGUUCUAGAGACAGAACCGAUUAUUGAAGACUUGAAGCAUAUGGCAAAAGAUGUUGAAGAUAAACUGAAAGAGGUGAUCAUGUAUUAUGGAGAAGAUCCAACCAUGGUCAAAUCUGAAGAAUUCUUUCAGAUUAUAGCCAGCUUUUCUGAUUCAUUUGAGAAAGCCCAAACUGAAAUACACGAAGCCCGAGAAAGGGCACUGCGACGACAGCGACAAGUGGAAAUACAACAAAAGACGAUUUGUCAAUGAAGAGUCAACUUUAUAUUGAAAAAGUAUAAACACACAUAUUUAUUCUUAAACAAAGUGCUUGCUCUAAAUAACUUACUAAUAAAAAAUAAACUGUG